AUGGCUACGCGUCUUGUGGCGGCAUCGCGUACUGUCAAACGAGCAACACAUCGCCAAAUCCACACCUCUUUGCGCGUGUCGACGUCUAGCAAGCUGCCGUCGGGCGUUGAGCCAAGUAGAUGUGCCAUUGACGAUUUGAGACGGACACGGACAUUUUCUACGUCUGCUUCUCGGAGUGACUAUCACUUUGACACGCAUCGUUAUGUCCAGAGGCUCGAAAAGGAGGGCUUGACACGCGCGCAGGCCGAGGGCAUCAUGAACAGCAUGGCAGAGGUCAUUGACGAGAGCAUUCGAACGAUGACACGGAACAUGGUAACUAAAUCUGAGCAGGAAAAGGCUCUGUAUACCCAGAAAGUCGACUUUGGACAGUUGAAGACGGAACUUCAGUUGAUGGAGAGAAACGAUCUCGCGACAUUGAAAGCUGAGAAUGACCGGCUGAUGGCAGACUUGGAAAAGCUCAAGCAGCGGCUACGAGAAGAAAUCACGCGCACCCAGGCUGGAGUUCGAUUAGACCUCAAUCUAGAAAAGGGCAAGUUGAACUAUUUUCAAUAG